ACUCACUCCUCUUCCUCGGAUCGCAUCGCACCCAGAACAAUUGAUAGACAGCAAAAUGUCCUACUACUUUACCAUUCUCUCGCCUACCGAUGCCCCCCUCUUCAACAUCGCCUUUGGCACAUCGAAAAGCGGCGGCGAUGGCAUCGCCCGUUUUCGGUUCCCGGAUACUGCGCAGUACAUGAACCAGUUUAUUAUCCAUUCUAGCUUGGAUAUUGUUGAGGAGGCGCAGUGGAUGAAUGGCAAUCUAUACCUAAAACACAUCGACACCUACCCCCCAGCCCAAGCCUACAUUUCCGCCUUCCUCACCCCCUCCGGCGCACGCUUCCUCCUCCUGCACCAACCCCCCCAACUCCCCUCCACCUCAUCUUCCGGAGGAAACACCGGCUCUUCAUCACUACUAGGUUCCUCAUUCUCCGCAUCCGCGCUCGGGGGUGGCAGUUCGGGGCGCGCGUCGAGUAGUUCUAUUGCGGCGAAUCCAACGGCGCCACAGACGGAGGAGGCUGUGAGGCAAUUUAUGAAUGAGGUUUAUGAAAAUUAUGUCAAGACGGUUAUGAGUCCAUUUUAUCGGGUGGGGUUGGAGAUAAAGAGUCCGGUUUUUAGGGCGAGGGUAACGGCUGCGGGGAAGAAGUGGUUAUAGGUUAUUCUUGUUUUGCGUGGGUUCAGACGGUUGUUUAAUUAUGGAUAGCAUGGCGUUUGGUUUGUUUUAGAUGUGUUGUCACGCGGUUUAUGCGGAUUCAUUGGACGAUACCCUGACUCGACUAGUCUAGAUCAAUGAACUCAAAAAUAUUUAACUCCGAGGU